AGGACAUAGAAACAUUACAUAGAUUAAUUUUGGACUAAAAACAAAUUUGCCCCGGGUGAAAACCAUAUUAAAUGGCUUUAUGCUAAAAUAAUAUCGAAGCAAUCUUUAUUUUGAACAUAGAUGCUUGGCCCCGUUUUCUGUCUGGUCGAAAAUGCACAAGAAAUAAACCCUGUAUUUCUAUUCAUUCAGGCCUCCACUGCAUUUCACUUUUGGGCAAAUCACUCAAGCUACAUCUUUCUUUUGAUUGGCAUUUUGCCAAAAUCGUGAUGUAGUUUAAGGUGCGCAGAAAGAGAAAACUAUAGGAGGAGGCCAGCCCAGGAGGCAAGGUGCGUGUGAGAAUAUCGAGUUUCAUCAGUCACGGAAGUGUUAUAAUUGCACCCGAGAGUUCAACUAUCAGUCAGACAGAUCGACAGCUCACUAAUUUCAGCCCUGGUUCAAACGUCUCAUAGCAUGGCGGUUUGCAUGGUGAGCGCGUUUUGUUUGGUAUAACGGCGUAUUCUGUUGUUUUUCAAUUAUUAUUAAGUUUACCUGCGAGUUAUUUCUCAAUAGAGAACAUAGAGGGCCAAUAAAACUCUCUGCGUGUCAGGCUGUCUUUGAUUGAAGUAAAGUGAAUAAUUAUAUUUUUACAGUGGAUCCGCUCCAGAGUAGUGGGGUCGUGCGCAAAUUAUCCCCGAGACAGUUCAUUCUUACAUCCAGUGACAAAGUAAUGCACUACUUUUUGCAGGUGACGAGUCCUGAGCUGCAGUGAUCAUGCGCAUUUGCUGUCUGGCCAGUGAGUCUGUGGCUCCUCACCACUUCCAUUCGGCGCAUCUUUAGUCUGUGGGUCCAGUGACGCGCUCUCUUGUGAUCUCAGGACACAUCUGACAACAGCAGGAGUGACUGUAAACUUUGAGAGGGAGAUGGAGGAUUUGAAAACUUCGAACCGACUAUUCCACAAGUCCUCUUUCAGCAUCAGCAGCCUGUUGUGGAGACGAGAAGGAAUGCUGGGUGAGCAGGAAACUCCUUCUCCGUCCCAGAAACUGCGCCCUGCUCAGCCCGAGACAUCCAGGCAGGAGCAAAACUUUGACAAUGAGAAGAACUGCAAAAAAUCAAAAACGUUCACUCAAGUAGACGCUAAGCCGGUGAUUGUGAGUGGAAAGCGUGAGGGAAAUAAGGGGGAAUCCAAGAAAACCGGAGGAUCCGAAGAGAGCGUCAAACCAGAGAAGCCUCCUUUCAGUUACAACGCGCUCAUCAUGAUGGCGAUCCGCCAAAGCCCCGAGCGACGGCUCACACUCAACGGCAUCUAUGAGUUUAUCAUGAACAACUUUCCAUACUACCGACAGAACAGACAGGGGUGGCAAAAUUCAAUCAGGCACAACUUGAGUCUAAACAAGUGUUUUGUUAAAGUGCCUCGCCACUACGAUGACCCAGGUAAAGGUAACUACUGGAUGCUGGACCCGUGCAGCGAGGAUGUCUUCAUAGGUGGCACAUCUGGGAAACUCCGACGCAGGGCCGCAGCGGGCUCCAGGGCCAAACUUGGUCUAAAAAGGGGAGGAGGUCGUCUUAUGUCAUCCAGCACUGCAACCAGUGUUACCUUGGCGGCUGCCAGUUCGUUUUACUGGCCGGUUCCGCCGUUUCUACCUCUCCAAACACCAGUGCGCACGCACCUUGGCGCAGGGACUUAUUUGGGUUCCCAUCCCCGCUUCUCCAACCAUGCCACAUCGGUCGUUUCACAGCGCGCCCGGUUGAGUGCGAGCGCUGCAGACCCCGACCGCUUCGUACAAACGCAUCAGGAGAUGUCUUACAUCGGAGUCAGUUGCGCGCAGUCCCGUCGCCAUCAGAUUGGCACUGCCUGCACCGCCUUCUCCACAUCCAUCCCUGCAUGCACGCUGCCUCUGUCGGAUCCCUGCUCUUUUAAUAUGAUCUCUGGACAAGCCAGCCUCUUUUACUCUCACCAAAUACCAUGUGCCGCCGCGUUCAGUCCGUGCCAGGAGGAGUGCGCCACCUCCAAAGCGUCUCCAGGACAGUUUUUAUCCAAGAACGGUCACUCAGACUUCGGGGGAUGCUGUAGUGACUUUCCAAAUUACUGCCCUCAAGUCAGCUCAAGCCCUCAUUCGUCUUGGAAUAUAGAGAAAUAGAUUAACAUAAUACUCGAUGUGAGAUUUUAAACGUUGCUGUAGGGUUUAGAGAAAUACAUAUAGAAACAGACCAAUGGAUUGUGGACUUCCUGAAAUUCUUGUUAUCCCGUCCAAUAUGCCAUUCAUAUGUCGUUCUACAUUGGAAAUUAUCUAAACGGAAAUGGGCGGUGUGACGAAACAUAAUUUUUAUCCAGGCAUUUGUGUUUAAAUACUAAAAACUGGCAUAAUGUGUAAACUACGCGUGUUUACGCAUAGAAAUUUAACCGAAUGCUUAUUAUAAGAUACUUAUUUCCAAAACAAGUGGGAAAAUAUUUGCUCCUCACUCUAUUUAAGGCAGUUAUACCAGUUACAUGGCCAAAGAAUCAUUCUCAGAUCAAAUGGCCGCAGGAUUUAUAUCAGCUCUGAAAGUAUCCAUCUUUUAAAAAACACCGUUUUAAUGUUUCCACCUACGCACCUAUGGAUAAGUGAUGUUUGCGCGCAUGUCACUGUUUUAGGCCUAAGACAUUCAUCGAAUGCAAAAUUUAAAAAUGAAAUGGAAUAAAAAAUAAUAACAAUAACUUCUAUUUCUAUUUCUGAAUUGAUUCAUUGUAUCCAGCAUGUUAACCAACUCAUUUAAAAUCUACAUGUUGUUUUUGAAGUUUGUGAGUUAGCUAUGACAUGAGGGCGCAUGGUCGAGCAAACGUCCCUUCUAACUUAAUUUUAAAACUAAACAAUGAAAUAAAGUUGCAGUCCAAAUGGCUUAAAUCGUUUAAAAACAAGAGUUUAGAGGUGCGUAAAAAUAAUGUUAAAUGACACCUAAACGGCCCAUUUGCUGCAUUUAUUGUCUUCGAUUUGGUUAAUGUUGCAACCAAAAAAAUUAUAUUCCUAUUUUAAUUACCUUACAUGUAAUUAAACGAUAAAUAAUGCAUUUUUAAUUGUGUUUUCUUUUCACCUCAUUAAAACCUACUGUUGUUGAUUGUUCUUAUUUGGCUGUGUUAUUACAUGUCUCACUCUGGAGAUUUGAGCCUGCAACAAUGGACUACAGAUAGACUGAAUUAAAAUCGUUAUG